AUGAAUGAUGAUAGGGUUGAUCAAGUUUAUUGGGGUUGGGGUCAAGAAGAUGAUGAUAUGUACAAUCGUGUUCUUAGAAAAUUACAAAAAGUAGUUACACGUUAUUCUAAUGAAGUAGCACGUUAUAAAGUAGUUCGUACAUUUAAUCAUACAGCAGCUAAUCCUAAUCCUGAUAAUGGAAAAAUAUUUAAGUCAAAUUAUAAUUAUAGUCUUGAUGGCUUAAAUACAAUGAAUUACACAUUAAAUAAUAUACUUUUUUAUAAAUUAUUUACAUUAAUUAAUGUUACAUUAUCACGAGAAUCACGUGAACAAAUAUAUACGCGUCUAAAUAUUACAAUGUGA